AUGUUGUGGAACCCAUCAACCAGAAGGUGUCAAAAAUUGCUUGUCACUGAAACUGAGUUUCCAAGAGAAGGAUUCUGUUGUUGCCAGUAUAUAAUCUAUGAAUUUGGGCAUGAAUGUGUGAGUGAUGAUUAUAAGGUGGUUAGGAUUAUACAAUUUUAUGGAAUUAGUUCUGACACCUUUGAUUCUGACGUUAAGGUGUAUAGUUUCAGAUCGAAUUCUUGGAAGAGAAUACAAAAUGUUCCAUAUUAUCUGUGUUACAAAAUGGCUUAUGGGAUGCUGGCUAAUGGUGCAUUGUUUUGGGUUGUGAGUAGAAAACCCGAGUCAAAUACUGCUAGGUUGAUUGCUGCUUUUGAUCUUGCAACAGAGGCGUAUAGGUUGGUGCCACAGCCUGUUUAUUCUAAUAAGAAUUUCCAUAUGAAUGUUGGGGUAUUGGAAGGAUGCCUUUGA